AUGAUCUCGGAUCUUCUUCAGAAGACGACCUACUAUCCUCUAGUCAAGAGACUUUGGUCGCAAUGUCAGGCAGCGUGGGUGACCGUCACAGCACUCUACUACUUGACAAAUGCUCCUAUUCAAUCAGAUGCCAAUGCUGGCGACCAAUUGAAGAAGAAAAGAAAAAAGAGGAAGAGUCAGAAAGACAUCCUCAAAUCCCGUUACGCCAAGGCGAUAUUCAUUCUUGACAAGCUUGACAAGAAUGCUGCCAGAGGUGCCCCCCAUGAACGUGAUGAAGAAGAUCGCGCCAAAUACCAGACUGUGGUAGAUGAGUACCAAAAGUUUUUGGAUUCCGUACCCAGCACGUCAAAGGCAGCAGCCGAAGACACAGAGAGGUCCCAGCGCAAUCGCUCUCAGACAGAGGGAGAAAAAUCGCUUAAACGGAAAAAGGUUGUCGACAAAAAAUCCGCUCCGGGACCCACAUCAACCACGACUACAUCCGCCAGGCGGCCCUUCGACGAGGUGGUUAAAGACCAUCUUCUAAUGGCUCUGGCGACUGAGAAAGACGGUACGAUCAAUCCUGUGGUAACAGAAUGGGGUGCUAUCGAAUUCAAAUUAACCGAAUUCAUUAUGGAACACUUGUUCGCUAAUAGGACUGGUACUUCGGAACUUCGCUUUGACUCUGGUGAGAUUCACCGGGGCUACAGGGUGAUCAAAUGCAUGGACGAGUUCUCAAAGGACUUUCUUAGCUAA